UUACACAAUGACAGUUUCCGUCAGUUUGACUUGCGGAUCGUGACCGCGUUGAUCAAGCUGGUUCUUUCGUUUACGACUUUGGCUGAAACGCCUUUGUCUUCGUUUCAGAUCAUCCACCAACAUCGACGACUACACCAGACGCAGAAACAGGCAGAUUUCCGAGAUCAGCCCAGGCUGCGUUUGCUGUAGUGAAACUCUUGAGUUUCCAGCUCGAGGCCCAGCGGAGAGCUCGAGCGGCGGCGACUCCGAAAAGUUUGUUGUUGUCACGUGACGCGAGACGAAUGUGGCGAUAAAAGUUUGUGUAUAUAGUAAAAGUAGGUGGCGUACUCCUUCAUCCGAACACACUCUACACCGUUUUCACCGCGAUGCCUCAACCAAAGUCCCGAAAGAUCGCCGUUAUAGGUUACCGGUCCGUAGGAAAGUCAUCUCUUACAAUACAGUUUGUGGAAGGACAGUUUGUUGACUCCUAUGAUCCCACCAUCGAAAACACCUUUAACAAAAUGGUCAGCGUGAAUGGCCAAGACUUCAAUCUUCAGCUAGUUGAUACAGCUGGACAAGAUGAAUACUCAAUUUUCUCACAGUCCCACUCAGUGGACAUCCAUGGCUAUGUCCUCGUCUAUUCAGUGACUUCCAUGAAAAGUUUUGAAGUUGUGCAGGUCCUACAUGACAAGCUGCUAGACAUGGUUGGGAAAAUUCAGGUUCCAAUUGUUCUCGUAGGGAACAAAAAAGAUCUCCACAUGGAAAGGGUUAUCAAGCCGGAGGAGGGAAAAAAACUUGCUGAUUCCUGGGGUGCUGCAUUCAUAGAGUCCUCGGCCAAGGAGAAUGAGACUGCUGUGGAGGUUUUCAAGCGGAUCAUUUUGGAGAUGGAGAGAGCUGACGGAAAUGCACCCCCAGAGGAGAAGAAGUGUGCUGUGAUGUAAACGUGUAUCCAGGACAUCAGUAAGCUAUUUACUGAAGACAAGAGGCACAACUUCACCAGCUUGCCAAUCGUGACCUCACCGACACCAAGACACUGCAGUGGAACCUUUCUGCUCCAUUGUGAUACCAGAUUGAAUUACAUAGCAAAGCAACUGCUCAGACAGUUGAUAAACUAUCUCACUAAUUGUCACCACAGGGAGAAGUUUCUAAGAGCAGGAAAAAUAUCUGCUCUGAGCAAAGAAGCACCUUCAGUGAACACUUUCUUUAAUAUUGAAAUGUAAUCCUUGGCUGGGCAUAAUCUUGAUUUUUGAGUUCAACCAAAUGCUCAGACAACAAAAUAAGAUUGCCAAACUUUUUGGUUCAAAUUUAUUGCAUUAUUUUUUUCUAAUGUUUGAGACAUCAUUGACUCAUGUCUUGUAACUCUUUGAGUAGUUGAGUUAAUGCACAGUGAGGGUUGGUUAAUAACUUUUCUAAGGACUGUUGUUUCAUUUCAGCAGGUCUUUUUCACAGUGAUGCAGUCACAGUUCACAUUGCUUUAAAUGUGUUAAAACUGUCACUAUUUCUCACGAAUGAUGGAUUUCCUUCAGCACGCUGUGAUGAGAUUUUAUAUAAAAAAAAUCUACCUGUGCUUUCACAGUUCUCACUGUAAUGUUUCUAUCAACUCAUCUUCAGGUACCUUUCACCAAUGAACUGCGGAGCUGUGUCUUCAUGAUGGAGGAAUCUGUUAUUGUAUAUUUAACAACUUCCAUUUUAAGCUCUUCUGUUAAGCAGAUCGACCUCCAUUGUUUCUACAAUUUCAUUUUUCCUUAUUAACUGUAAUAAAGAUGUUAUCUUAUGGGCAACACUCAGACAAAUUUAGUGUAGAUUGGAAUAGAUCCUUAUUAUUUACCAGGUAUGGCCUUUUUAUACAAUAUAAAUAGAAUAAUAGGAAUUGGUUUGGUACUGUUGGGUAUAUCUUGAGUGAUGCAGGUUUGUGCUCCCUUCCAUACGCCUAAGUAGAGUACAUGCAUAUAUUUGCAUUAUAAUUAUGAAUAUUGUUGAGUUUCAAUUUUUAAAUUACAUUUUAACAUUACAGAAGACUAUUUAAGUGGCUGAAGGUCACAGAGUUAGUGUAGUCACUUUUGAACUCAUGGUUGUGAUCUGAUGGUUCAUGCAAGCUUGAUGAAAUAAAGCCAGAAUGGCAUGUAGCCCGUUUAAUUCUUACAGUGAACUUGCAUGGUCACUGUUAGACCCCUAAUGACAUGUUCUUCAUAGAUCCUGUAGCCUUACAAAGAUGUGACAGACUUUGAAUUUUCCCCCAUAAUCCUCAUGUUGUACCUGUAGUAGAUAAUUGUAACUUUUUAUCAAGUGUUUUGCUGAGUAAGUAGUUGAUUGAUGGACGAUUGAUGAUGGUUGAAUAGAAGCUGGUGAUGCUGUGUCUUGUGCCUUACAGUUGUUCAAACUCCCUCAUCUGCUUCCUUUCAUGACUCAAGGUGCUCUUAGGGUUGUUUUUUUCCUUCUAUUGACUUGACACCAUGGGUGCAGGUGUUGUGCACCUGAACACCAAUAUUCCCUUGUGGGUCAAUGUUAAUUCAGAAAUCUUGCUGUAAACAGUUUUGUAUAUAAAUAAAUCUGUUACUCAUUUGA